UAAUAUAUAUCCAAUAUGCCGCAGAGUUCCACGAACAACUGGUCGUUCCAGCCACUCCAUCGCCAGCGGAGCAGCAGCGGGUAUCCCCAGCAUGUCCUCAAUACGGUGCCGGAGACUGCAGUGCUCACCACGCCCCCGCCCACGCGAAAACCGCUCACAAUACAAAUUGCUGGCGUUGCUGCUGCGGAAAGCGGACACAAGCGCAGAUUCUUAGCAGCGCGGAAAAAGCCGAAAAGCGCGAUGAAAAUGCUCGCGGACACGGAGCGUGAGGAGGCCCUCAACUUGCAAAUUGAGUUCGAAUGGGUGCUGCGGCAAGAAGUACACGCGAUACUGAAGCAACUAAGGACCAUUCUGGUGGAAUGCGCCCAUCGGUUUCCGGUGCCCCUGUACGAGAACGAGGGAAAGAAGACUGAGAAGUUCAUACUCACCGUGUCGCCCGAUCAGCUGAAGGCCGUGCUAACACUCACGGGCGAUGCCAUCACACAGGCUGACAUUAGCUUUAAGCUGUGCAAGGCCCCGAGCCAAACGCAACGUACCUCCAUCACACAUGACUCGCCCUGGAAGCUGCAGCAGGUCCAGGAUGCGGCCAAUCAUCUGCAGACCGCCAUCAAUCACAUAGACGAUGUCGACGACUCUUAUCACUUCAAAACCUCCGACGAAGUGCUGCAUGUGAUAGGCAACAUUCUGGAUGCCCUCCAGCGCGGAAGAAACAGCCUGCUGGUGCCCAAGAAGAAGCCCAUUGACGAGCUGAUCAAGGGGCGCAACAUGAAGUCGCUGGUGCCCAAUCUGCCCGAGGAUUUGGCGGUGAGCUUCUACCUGCAGAGCCACAAGCUGAUCAUUGCCGUCUAUCAGCUGCUGAACAACCAGGGCACCAUGCGCUUCGAUUCCCGCCAGGCGGAGGCCUCCGUCCAGUGGCUGAACGAUGUGCUGCUGCUGCUGAUGAAUGGCCAGAAACUGUGCCAGCAAUUAAAAGACAAGAUAUCUGUGUUUUCGGUGUACAAAGAUUUCACAGUUGGCUCGCGUUCGCCCUCAGCGCUUUCCUAUUGAGACGGCGACGGGAAGUGGUACCAAAAUGGGAAUAGGAAUCGAAAUCGGGAGCGGAUACCUUGAUGGAUGGCAACUGUGGAACGGCGACAGAAACAAUAACAACAAUAAUAGCUAAUAAAGAACCGUACUUGUAAUAGCGAAGUAAAUAAUGUUAGUUGAAAUGUUGCUACUGGAAAACGGCACACCCAUAAUACCCAUGCAAACUAUACUAUACACUAUACAAUACUAUACCAUACCACACUAUACUGAUACAUACAGUACAGAGAGUUAUCUAUACAUACAUACAACUAGUUUAAUGUACACAAUCAACAUUCAUGUUAAAUUACGAUUACGUAGAACCUGAGUUCAUCGCUUCACGUCACUCCAAUUAUGCAUCAAAAUGCAACUAAAUAGCAUUAGGCUGAGAAUUGAAAACGGAAAAUGUAUGUGAAAACCAAUUGUGUUUUGUAUGUGUAACUAAAUGAAAUUGCUAGAUAAUUAUAGUUUACUCGUACGUGUAAUUUAAUGUAAUAUAUUAUGUCCCAUUAUUUAUGUUUGCGAAGAUGCAAUGUAAUCCACCAAGCAGUCGGCAGAGUCAAUCGGUACUUACAACUUACAACUUAUAUACACCCCCAAUAGGCCUCCAUAAACCUAAGUACAUACACACGGAAGGGGGCGCCUACAUCGGCAUUUACAUGAUAUUGUUGUAAUAAACCAAACCGAAAUGUGAACAGAA